AAUAAGCUAUAAGCUAAUCCAAACACUUAAAAAGAGCUUAUCAAAUUAUAGAAAAUAAGCUAUAAGCUACUUUAAAAUAUAAGCAUAAGCCAAAAAAUAAAAGCUAGGCCAAACACCCCCAUAUCUUGUUUUCUUCAUCAGUCAUCACACACUACACCAUCAAGAUGCCAAUCACCUCCAAAAUAUUCCUCCAUCUAUAUACCUUGUUCAUCUUCCUCACACUAACCCUCGCCAACGACCCAAGCCUCCAAAGGUUCCAACAAUACCUCCAAAUCAACACAGCUCAACCCACCCCAAAGUACCAUGAAGCCGCAGACUUCAUCUUAUCCCAAGCCAAAACCCUCUCUUUACACUCCCAAACAAUCGAGUUCGUCAAAAACAAACCCUUAAUCCUCCUCAAAUGGCCCGGCACAGACCCCACCCUCCCUUCAAUCCUCCUCAACUCCCACACCGACGUCGUUCCAGUAGAGCCCCACAAGUGGGCCCAUCCUCCGUUCGCUGCUAAUAUCGUCAACGACAACAUAUACGCCAGAGGCUCCCAGGACAUGAAGUGUGUCGGGUUACAGUACCUCGAGGCUGUACGGAACCUGAAAAGUUCUGGGUUCGUACCUUUGAGGACGGUUUAUAUUUUGUUUGUUCCGGAUGAGGAGAUUGGUGGGCAUGAUGGGGCUGAGAAGUUUGUGGAUUCUGCGAUUUUUGAUGAAAUGAAUGUUGGGAUUGUGUUGGAUGAAGGGUUGGCGUCUGUUGAUGGGCAUUAUAGGUUGUUUUAUGCCGAGAGGUGUCCUAUGUGGCUUGUGAUUAAGGCGGUUGGGGCGCCCGGUCACGGGGCGAAGCUGUAUGAUAAUACGGCGAUGGAGAAUUUGUUGAAGAGUGUGGAGAGUGUGAGGAGGUUUAGGGCUUCUCAAUUUGACUUGGUGAAGGCGGGUUUGAAAGCUGAAGGUGAAGUUGUGAAUGUGAAUAUGGUGUUUCUUAAAGCUGGGACCCCUUCUCCUACCGGUUUUGUAAUGAACCUUCAGCCGUCCGAAGCAGAGGCUGGUUUCGAUAUCCGUGUUCCGCCGAUUGCCGAUCAAGCUUCCUUAGAGAGACGAAUCGCUGAGGAGUGGGCCCCGGCUUCGCGGAACAUGACAUUUGAGCAUGGGCAGUUUAAGCAGAAGAUGUCUGUUUAUGACAAGAGUGGAAAACCGCUUUUGACGGCUCAUGACAGUUCGAAUCCCUGGUGGGCCCUCCUAGAGGGAGCUAUACAUAAAGCUGGUAGGACAUUUGGAAAACCAGAGAUCUUUCCUGCCUCGACAGAUGCUCGCUACUUCCGGUUGAAGGGGGUGCUGGCAAUUGGCUUUUCUCCAAUGGCAAACACCCCUAUACUUCUUCACGAUCAUAAUGAGUUUCUGAACAAGGAAGAGUACCUGAAAGGGAUUGAGGUGUAUGAAUCCAUAAUCAAAUCUUUUGCAUCUUUUGCUGCUGAGACCGGAAAGGAUGAAGAAGCUACCAAAGAUGAGCUAUAAAAAGAUGAUCCUGACCUUGUCAUCAUUCAUAUUUGUUAAAAAUGCAUAAUUCAGGGCCAGGCAUAGAUGGCCUGAAAAUGAUUGAUGCAGUGAUCAUCAAGAACAGUUAGAUUUUAGACAUGUACCGCUUUUUAUUGGCAGGUUAGCAAUAAGUCAUUCGGGUGAUGUGGUCCUUAAUCAUGGAUGUUAUUUAAGUCAUGAAAAUCAAAUCCCCACCCUAUUUGUGGUCCAUCUCAUUAA